CCCGAGCCCGCCGCCUUCGCGAUCUAUCCGUCCGCGGAUGUGCAUUCUCCCGUGCCCGCCUUCGAUCCGUGUCUGCCCCCCGAGUUCCCCGCCAUGCCCACCGCCGGCGUAUACCAGCCCCUUGCGGCUCCCCUCAGCCCGCUGCAGGCGGCGUCUAUGCCGCCGGCGGACGCGUGGGACGGGCUGCCGUACUACGCAGACCCUGCUUAUGGUGGAGGUGGCGGUGGUGGCACUGGGCAUGAUUUGGCCCCUGCACCGGAACUGCCCGCUGAUUGGCUGGACGAAUGGUCACGCGUCCAAGCGGCCUGCGCCAUGAAUUACGAUCACCACACAUACUAGGUUCGAUUUACUGUACAUUUUUCAGCCCACUACUGCUACAUACUUUUCGGCGCCACUCUUUUAUGAACAUAGCUCGGAUCUUUAUAAUGCACACGUACAUAGCAAUUGUAAUGUUGACAAACCCGCGGAUAAUCCAGCGUAUGUAAACCGGGUUCGAUGCGUGACGGGGAGCCACAUACAUGGGUUUAUCUUCUCGCGCUUGGAUCGGCUCUCACGUGACCGCGUCUCCUCGGCGAUUCUUGUCUUCGGCCCGGUGUGCCCUUAUAAUGGACUAUGCCCCUGCGCAUCCGAAUUCGCACAUCCACAGCGCUUGCCUGCCUGCCUCAUCGACCAUGUCUGCUCCCACCACCGAACCCGCGAUCCUGGCUGCCCGACGCGCGCAGCAGCACACGAUCGACGUGUCCAAGCUGCCGCAGAACCUCGACAUGUCGGCGGAGAACAUCACACAGAACGUGCUCGCGAUGAACGAUAACUGCGGAGAUCCGCGGAUGAAGUUCGUCAUGACGAAUCUGGUAAAGCACCUGCACGACUUCGUGCGCGAGACUUCGAUCACGACCGAGGAGUGGAUGACGGCGCUCCUUUUCUUGACGAAGACCGGGCAGAAGUGCACCGACAUCCGGCAGGAGUUCAUCCUCCUCUCCGACGUCCUCGGCGUCUCGGCGCUCGUCGACUCGAUGAACCAUGCCAAGCCGCCCGGCGCGACCGAGUCCACGGUCCUCGGCCCCUUCUUCACCACCGAUGCGAUGGACUUUGAGAACGGGGAGAGCAUCGCGUCGGAAGGAAAGGGUGAGUACAUGUGGGUCGAGGGCAAGGUCCUCGACACCAAGGGAAAUCCGAUCCCCAACUGCAUCAUCGAUACUUGGGAGACGGACAGCGACGGGCUCUACGACACCCAGUACUCCAACCGCGGACGCCCGGACUGCCGCGGCCGUCUGCGCACCACCGACGACGGGUCGUUCUUCUACCGCGCGGUCGUCCCCGUGUCCUAUCCGAUCCCGAGCGACGGACCCGUCGGGAACCUGCUCGACGCGCUCGGCCGGCACGUCUUCCGGCCGUCGCACCUGCACAUGAUGCUCGAGGCGCCUGGCUUCGAGAAGCUCAUCACGGCGCUGUACCCCAGCGGCGACCCGUACCUGCAGAGCGACGCCGUGUUCGGCGUCAAGAGCAGUCUCAUCGAGAAUUUGACGACGGAGACCGAUCCCGAGCUGACGCGGGCGCGCGGGUUCCUGAACGAGACCAGCCACAAGGUGCUCAAGCACAACUUCGUGCUGGCCACGGUGGAGGAAGGGAUCCAGGCCAAGAAGCAGACUAUGAAGGCCGCGUCGGGGGAGGUGUGAUGAAAGAAACAAAACAAAGUGGAAUACCUGUAAAUGUAUAUCAUGAUCCGUUACGAACAGUCUGUCGGAAUUUGAACGUUCCUGCUCUCGAGGACCUCGGCUGCCGCAGUCAUCGUAAC